CCCGCGUCGUUCAGAGUCCCUACCACGUAUUCGUGUUCGAAUAAGUACGUCGGGAGUAUAUUCGACUCAUACAUUGAAAACAUGCUGUCGCUUUCAUGAUAAUAUUGAUGAUGUUGUUGAUCAAUUUCCUGCAUUCAAUUGAAAAUGGCUUUGAUUCGAAUGACAUCUGAUUGGCCCGAGGUUCCAGCUUUAUUGCAUUGCCGAGAUGAGAAGCUUUGAAGAAUUUCCCCGAACUCUGGUGCAUUUUGAGUCAAGAGGCAAAUCAAACCAUUGCACUUUUUAAAAAACAUUCAACUAUUGAUAUGAGGUGACAGUAACUACUACCAUGUCUUCUUCAAGGGCUGUCAAGGCAUGUCUGCAGCGUAACGUCGCGCGACAAAACGUUUCCAGGAUUGCGAUUCAAUGUCCGCGAAUUCAUCAACAGUCUUCUACACAUCCCACAUUACGACCCCGCAUUGCCUCAUCAUUAAUCGCUGGUCAACGGCGUGCCUUUUCUUUUACAGUGCCCCGUCGGUUGGCAGAUGUCAACGAUGAUUUCGAUCCAAAAUUGGUGGAGAGGGAGUCCGAUCAGGUCGAUGUAUGUAUAGUUGGAGGAGGUAAGAAUAUUAUCACAUGCCAAUGAAUUCUAUUAACAUCCCCAGGCCCUGCUGGCUUAAGUGCUGCAAUUCGAUUAAAGCAACUCGCAAAUGAAGCAGGUAAUGAAGAUUUUCGAGUAAUACUUUUGGAGAAGGCUGGUGAGAUUGGCGCACAUAUACUUUCUGGGGCUGUCAUUGAACCCACGGCUAUCAAUGAAUUGUUUCCGGAUUGGCUCGCAGAGGACAACGAGAACAAAUUCGAAAAUGUUACUCCCGUCUCGGGCGACAAGAUGCGAUUCCUUACAAAGGGUAGUUCAAUUCCAAUACCUGCGCCGCCGCAGAUGAACAAUCAUGGCAAUUACAUCGUCAGUCUUAAUCAAUUCACAAAAUGGCUUGGGGAUAGAGCAGAGGAAGUCGGUGUUGAGGUGUAUCCUGGAUUUGCAGGCGCAGAAGUGUUAUAUGGGACGGAUGGAUCUGUCAAAGGUGUGGCCACUAAUGAUUUGGGUAUUUCAAGAAGUGGCAAACCUAAGGAUAGUUUUGAAAGAGGAAUGGAAUUUCACGCAAGAAUAACCCUGUUCGCGGAAGGUUGUCAUGGGAGUCUUACGAAGCAAGUCAUCAAGAAAUUCGACCUCCGUAGAGAUAGUCAACCACAAACUUAUGGUCUUGGUAUAAAAGAGGUAUGGGAAAUCCAACCGGAAAAGUUCAAGAAGGGCCAAGUUGUUCACUCCUUGGGCUAUCCUCUCCCAGCAGAUACUUAUGGUGGUGGUUGGAUGUAUCAUUUCGGUGAAAAUCUAGUCAGUAUAGGACUUGUUGUUGGUCUUGAUUAUCCAAAUCCUUGGUUGUCGCCUUAUCAGGAGUUUCAAAAGAUGAAGCAUCAUCCCCUUUACAAGGACGUUUUGGAGGGUGGCAAAUGUAUUUCUUAUGGAGCUCGAGCUCUUAACGAAGGAGGAUUCCAAUCGAUACCGAAGUGCGCAUUCCCUGGUGGGGCUUUGAUUGGUGAUACUGCAGGAUUCCUCAACGUUCCAAAAAUCAAAGGUACUCACACAGCCAUGAAAUCAGGAAUGCUCGCUGCAGAGGCAACGUGGACCGCCUUGGAGAAAAAUGAUGAGGGCUCCGUUUUUCUAUAUGAUUAUGAAGAUUCAUUACGGAAAUCAUACAUCUGGAAAGAAUUAAAGGAGGUCCGAAAUAUGCGACCAUCAUUCCAUUCACCAUUAAAGCUAUACGGUGGUAUUAUGUACUCUGGACUCGAAGCUUUCGUUCUCAAGGGUAAAGUGCCUUGGACAUUGAAACAUAAAACCACCGAUGCCGCAGCCACCAAACUUGCCGAUCAAUGUACAAAGAUUGAAUACGAGAAACCUGACGGAAAGAUCUCGUUUGAUAUUUUGACAAGUGUUAGUCGCACAGGUACAAAUCACGAGGAAGAUCAACCAGUUCAUUUGCAGGUCAAGGAUUGGGAUAAACAUGCGGAAAUGGAGUAUCCAAAAUAUAAAGGCAUUGAAAAUAGAUUUUGUCCAGCUGGUGUGUAUGAAUAUGUUGAGGAUUCAACAAAGGAUAUUGGAGUAAGGUUCCAAAUUAAUGCUCAAAAGUAAGUUCUUCUCUUCCUUUAUAAAUUAUGGCGACACUAAUUAUCCUCUUAGUUGUAUUCAUUGUAAGACGUGUGAUAUCAAGGUUCCGGAUCAAGAUAUCAAUUGGAGUGUCCCAGAAGGUUCAGGCGGACCAAAAUAUUAUAUGACUUAGAUAUCACAGCGUUGCGUUUGCAAAUUUGUAUACAUAUUUCCAAUACACGAAAAAUGAUUUCGACAAUGAUGCCGAGUUUGGCUUGGUGAUUCAUUCCACUGUAAAAUGAUGGUUCGGAAUCACCUACUUUACUGCAUAGAACCUCCAAUCUAAGCUUCUAGUCGUAAGAUUAGUAUAAAUAUACC